AUGUUCUCAAACCAAAACCUUGGUACGGAUGUCCGUCGUGAAGACAUCACGGAAGGUCUUACCCGCACCAACGAGACCACACUUCAGCCAGUAGAAGAAAGCCCUGACCUCACUCAUGUCCUCAGUAGGCCAUGGGAGACCAGAGUCCAAACCCUUCUUGGCAGCACGGAACGCUCUCAGAUAACCUGCAGAAAUGAACUUUGUAGUGACCAGAGUAACCAUGACACUGGUACCGAGAAUUGUCAUCGCCUUACCCGCACCACUACCAUCUCCAGAUUUACCGUUACCGUAAGCCAUAUUGCUGUAGGCACCACCGAAACCAGCCGUCUUCAGCAAACCACCGACGAGGAAGUAAACCACAGUGAGAACGAAGACCGCAGUUGGCUUCAUGUAGAUCAUGCUACCAAUGAAACUCUUGGGGUGAUGCAAGACGUAGAUGAACAACCAGAAGAGCACAAAGUAGGGAACAAAGAGGAACAGCGAAGCCUUGUAGAACUCGUUACCAUUUUCCGAAGUCCAUGGCAUACCCAACUUGCAGUAAUCCUUUAA